AUGGACGAGAAGAUUCAACAUAAAAUGGAGGUUGAUUACUCCAGUACUGUCGAUGAUUUGCUUGUAACUGUGAAGUCUUUAUCACUGGCUGGUAAUUUCGAGUCUGCCCUUGAACAGUGCAUUUCUCUUGAGAAACAAACGAGAACGGCUUCUGACGCAAUUUCCACUGGUCGACUUCUGGAGGCUAUUGUGGAGAUAUUGGGUGACAGUUUACAGUGGUCCAGACUCAACGAACAUCUUAUCCUAAUGACUAAAAAGCAUGGGCAAAUGAAACAAGCCGUUUCUAAAAUGGUUCAAAAGGCAAUGGAAUAUCUGGAGAAAACACCGGACGAGAAAACUAAACUUGAGUUGAUAGAAGCUCUCCGAACUGUUACAGAAGGAAAGAUAUAUGUAGAAACCGAGAGAGCACGCUUGACUAAAGAGUUAGCACGGAUCAAAGAGUCCCAUGGUGAUAUUGAUGGGGCUGCCACAGUGCUACAGGACCUUCAAGUUGAAACAUUUGGUUCUAUGGAAAAAAGAGAAAAAGUUGAAUUCAUGCUGGAACAAAUGAGACUUUGUUUAGCCAAAAAGGACUUCAUUCGUACUCAAAUCAUCAGCAAGAAAAUAUCAACAAAGUUCUUUGCUGAUGUCGAAAACGAGGAUUUGAAGUUGAAGUACUACAAUUUAAUGGUCAACUUAAAUGCCCACGACUGUCUUUACCUGAACAUAAGCAAAAACUACUGGGAAAUUUAUAACUCCAAAAGCAUACAAGAGGAUGAGGCAAAGCGACUCCAAGCAUGUGAUUGUAUAUUUAUUACUGUCUCCUUAUGA